AAACUUGCAUCUUAGUACGUAUCAUACGGAUAAAUAUAAUGACCGAUUCUGCGCCAACCGCAUGGUAUAUAGCGUAAUUUGUGCAUUGCAUAUUUUUAAAUAUAAUGCAUUAAAUAAAUAACUAUUUUGAUUGCGAUGUAAAAUUAUCCUUCACAAAAUACAUUAGCUGGCAAAUAAUCUAAAAUGGCAGAACAGCAACAACCAACUCCUGAUUUUAAACGCAUGUCUUUGGAUAAGAUAAUAGAGGCAAUGACUGCUGAUUUAGAAAGUUCUAAUGGCCAUUAUGUUCAGUUUGGAAUAUCACCACAACAAACUCCACCGCAUAAUUGGAGUGACUAUCCUUCUGGUCAAACAAGACACUAUAUUGCUAGUCAAUCUCCACAUCCUAAUCCACAAAGCGUGCAAUCUAUGAGUCCAAUUGCAACUUCUUUAUAUAUGCAAGAUAUGCCAAGUUAUGAUAAUACUAAUACUGAUCCUAUUUAUUUUCCACCUCAAACUGUAAAUCAUUUAGGUAUUAACGAAAAUAACGAUUUAGUGGGAACUUUUGAUGUUGGUGGAGGAAAUUAUAUCAAUGUUAUUUAUGGAAAUGCAUCACAAAUAAUGGCAGAACAAUGUCAGCUUUCAAAUAUGACACCUUAUAAAAAUCAAGGUGUAAUGGACAGAGAAUACGGACUUUUCAAUGAUCAACGCAUGAAUAUACCAUCUGAUAUGCCUAAUCAAAAUUUUAAUGGAAAACAAUUAAUUGAUAAUCUUGUAUGUAAUUGGGUACCAAAUCAAUCAGGAACAUAUAGUCCUUUUGGUGGUUCUCCAAAUGUAACACCAGUACCACAAUCUAAUGUAGAUGUCAGAGAUUCUGAAGAUCUACCUAGAAAUAUAUCAGAGAGUCACUAUAAAAGACCACGAAUGGUAGCAGAAGUAAAACCUAUGCGUCCUUCUUAUUCAGAUGUAUUAACAAAAUCAGCACCGACUCCACCUUCUCCAUUAAUUCUACCAUCUAUGAAACCGAAGGUUGAAUCUGUGACCAAAAAAGUCACUAAUAAAAGUUCCAAGAAUAAAAUUAAACCUACAUCAUUAAAGAGACAGAAUUCAUCAGGGAGUGAUGAUCACAAUUCCCCAAAAUUUCAAGUUCCCAAAAAAGUAUUGGAAAAAAAUAAUUCUAAUCUUCCAAGACGAUGGGUUUCUUUAGAUAAUCUUGGUUCACAAACUGAAACUCAUGAAAUAAAUACUUUUGAUAGAUCAGACCAAUUUGAAAAGAAAAAAGUUUUGAAAACUUCUAAAAAAAAUGACAAAAAUGAGACACUUAACAAUUCAAAAAUUCAAAAUAAUAACUCUAAGACAACUGGCAAUGUUCCAAAACGUCCAAUACAAAUAAAUAACAAUUUAAAUACAAUCAAUAAUUCAAGUCAAACAAUCUCACCUGAGAAAAUUGAAAAAAAUCAGCAACAAAAUAAUAAAAUUAAUAAAGAUGAUAAAAAAGUGACUAAGGAAAGAAAUUCUAAGCGCUUCCAAGCUGAAAAAGCACAGCAGAUUAAGAAAGGUCAAAGAAAUCGUAGAAAAGAAUAUAGAGAAUCUCCUAUUAAGGAUCUAUGUAAAAAUUUAAAUAAAUAUGCAAGCCGAUGGAGUAAAAUUAUAUUAAAGAUUUUCUAUUGGUUAUUACAUUUAAUAUCAGAUGUAGUUAGUAUGAGUGCCAAUCUUGUUAUUCAACUUGGAAAAUGUGCUUGGUAUCACUCUAUACUUUAUUUAAAAUACUCAUGGGUUUAUGUAGUAACAAUGUUUUCAAAAAUACGUAUUCUUAAUGCUUUUGGCAAGCAAUUAGAUCAUUGGUUUGGAAGUAGUAAAUUUGCUUUUUGGCGUAAAAUGAAGACCGAAAAUGAAGAAAAAGAAGAAAAUUCUAAUUGGAUACAUGGUGGACUUGAAGCUAAUAUUGCAUUACCUAGUACUGGAGAGGAAGCUAUGAAGAGAUUAUUAGCUUGUAAAGGCAAAGAUCCAUAUAGCAUACUUGGUGUUACACCAACAUGUUCUGAUGAUGAUAUUAAAAAAUAUUAUAAGCGUCAAGCCUUUUUAGUGCAUCCAGAUAAAAAUAAUCAACCUGGAGCAGAAGAAGCAUUCAAAAUAUUAGUUCAUGCUUUUGAUAUAAUUGGAGAGCCAGAACGAAGACAAGCAUUUGAUCAAACAAGACAGGUUGAAGCUGCUUGGGGUGAAUUAAGUGAUUUGUUAUCCCAAUUACAUAGAAAAAUGGAACAAGCAGCAAAUACAAUAAGGUGUACAAACUGUGGUUUGAGGCAUAAACGAGUUCCGACUCAACGUCCUUGUUAUGCUGCCCGGUUUUGUGCACAGUGUAAGAUACGACACAGCGCAAAAGAAGGUGAUAUAUGGGCAGAAUCUCGAUUAAUGGGAUUUCUUUGGCAUUAUUAUGCUUGUAUGGAAGGUGCAGUGUAUGAUGUCACUGAUUGGGCUGCUUGUCAAGCUGGUAAUUUAAAACACCUUAGAGCAAACACACAUAGCGUUCAAUAUAGAAUUGUACUAGGUCAACGUCCACCGCCACAAACUUCUAACAGUGGUAAAAAACGACAACAAAUGGAUCCAAAUACAAGUGAAGCAGAUUUCGAAGAAUUUUUAAAUAAUCUGUACAAUCACAGCAAGCCUGGUAAUCCUAAUACAUCAGCAGAGCAAAGUUCCUUUAGAGGAGAUUGCAGAAGACGAAAAACCAAACGCAAGAAGUAAGCUAAUGUACGCGAAGCUUUGAGAUCUUAUGAUAUUUCCUAUAUAUGAUUACUGAGUAACACAUACUGGUUUGAACUUUUUCUUUUGAGUGAUUGUCAUAACGACAAGUACAGAUCUUGAGACUGUAGUGUGUCUUCAGUGACUGAUACUCUCAAUCUAAUAUUCUAAAAGUAUAUGACUCAAUUAGAGUACAUAACAAAUCGUGCAAAAAAAAUUAUGAUUUGCAUUAGAAAAAUACUCUUGAGAAUAAUAAAUUUUUUAAACGUUUAGAUGCAUUAAGUGCAAAAAAAUGUCAAACAAAACAUGUGAAAAACAUGAUAACAGAAACAAAUGUGCAUCUUGAUUUUGUUGUACAUAUUUAAAAUAGCUUGUACUUUUCUAAUGAAAAAGAUAUAGCUUUUCUUUUUUUUUUUUUUUUUUCUUUUUUUUUUUUUUUUUUUUUUUUUUUUUUUCAUAAACCUCUGAUCAAGACUUACAACAUAAUAAUAUGACAUACUAUGCUUUCAGUACAAUUAUUAAGAUAAAUAAUUUUAUGUUUAAAGGUAUAAAACUAUUAACAAUAAAAGUUUUAUAAUCUACAUUACAUAUUUUUCCGUUUAAAACAAACCAAUAUUGAAAUUAAUUGCUAAUAUACAUCCAAUUUUUAAUCAUUUAUAGUUGAGGAAAGAUUGCAUUAAUAGUUAAUUUAUUGUAUACAUAACAUUGAAAAGUUACUAAUGCUAGAUUUCUUUCAUCACAUACAGGUACGUAAUUAGUAGAUUUUAAGAACUAUUUGAUUUAAAUAUGACAACAUUUUACAAUGAAAAAUAAUCUAAAAUCUCCAAUGAAUUUUAUUUUAUUUUAAUUAAUGUAUUAUACAAUAUUAAUUUGUAUAUUAUUCUAUACAUAGACAUAUUUACUAAGUACAUGUUAAAUGAACGUGAUGUGGAAUUAAAACAUUCUUAAAAAGAUGAUUACUUUAUUUAAAGAUACUCAGAAUGAUUUCAAUUAAUAUUAACAUUGAUUAAUACCCCACUCUUUAAUAUAAUAUAUUUAAAACAUUUGAUUCUCUUUUUCUGUAUGCAAAUGUUUUUAAAAAAUAUUAAUUCAUUACAUCGUUUCUUUUGUUGUAUGAUGAUUUUAUACUAUUUUGGUAACCAUCAUAAACCAUGAUCUCUAUUAUUUAUAAUUAUUAGAUUAAUUAUCGAAAUUUUGCAAAUGUAAGACUGAUUUUCUUCUUCUUUAUUAAGCAUAUGUUGUAUUAGCAUUUAGAAAAUUUGACAGCAAAUCU